GACUUCGACGUUCGCUGCAAGGGUGAUCUGGCAGAGCUUGCAGCAGACAGCACUGUCGUGUCCGCGCUGAUGCCUGCGGCCAGCGGUGAAGAGGAGCCAGUGGUGGAUCCCCUGGCAGCUCAGCUCCUCGGACGAUUCUUGAGCCAGGACCCCAACGAGUCCCCAGAUGGUCACAACCGCAUGAAGCACCUGGGGGGCGGUGGCAGCGUGAUUUGCGAUGCUGCUGACAAACAUGUCCAUCCCUCGACUUUCACGAGUCAUCCUCGCGAGUUGGACUUCGAACCCGUUCGGCCGCCACAGCUCACUAUUUGCCCCUUCAUGUGCGCACGCAGAAUGUGGAUAGAAGUGAUGCUGCCCCGAGGUCUCCAACAGCGGCUCCAGAAGCACCUCGGGCGCUCCGAGGGCCCAUGUCUCUCCGACAACCUGGGCCAGGUGCCAGAGGUCAAUCAGGCAAGCGCACCUGUCAAUACGGAAGACGGUCAAGCACACGUCAGCGAGCACGCGCAACUAGAUAGGCUGCUCGACAUAGUACAGAAAUUGGGAGAAGAUUUUUCUGACUCGCAGCUGGCCGUGAGAUUGAUUGUAAUCCGGCGCUUGGUGCGUUGUGGUCGGUACACGUUGACCGUUUACCUGGAUCCCGCUCGGAGGAAGGCCGUUCUGCAGCUGCAGCCAAGCGUGCAACAAUUCCAGAACUACCAGCUUCACCUCCAGCUAGGCAGACACGCCGCAAAAUGCUCCCAGAUACAUUUGUUGCGUGUCCUACUGGAGGAUCGUGGAUUCAAAAAAUCGAUCCAUGAUUUGAACUCCUACCAGUCGGAGCUCUUUGAGUUGGGAAUCUACCCUGAGAAUGUGGCUGAGCAAGACCAGGGACAGCAGCAAUCUCAGCCAGCUUUCAUCCUAGAUGACCUCCGCAAUGAGGAGCCGAUCUCGUUUCGCAUUCGAAAGUGGAUUCACAAGCAUUCCCGCUGGCAAGACUGGAAGGACAAAAACUUGACGAAGAUACAGGAAAGCUCCCAGGAGACGCAGGUGCAGUGGGAAUGCACAGAAACACCAUCCUUUCGCUUGCUGCCAAAGGAUGAACGUUUGCUGCUUCCGGAUUCCGAGGAGAAGCACAUCGCUGAACAAAAGUUCUACAUACAUGCUGUGGGGGCAUCUAACUGGAGAGAGUUUGUUUCAUAUUUUAAGCAAAAAGUGCAAACAACGCAUCGGCUGAAAAGGGAGCAGGAAUUCAGUUUUCUUCGCGUUCCUCAGCCCUGA